AUGGCAAUAGUCUCCCCGAUUGGCGGGGAAUGGGUGCAGCUGCCGGAUCUCUAUUCCUUCUGGAAGAGUCGCAUCUUCCACGCGGCGGUCAAGGCGCUGUUUGGGCCCUACCUGCUGUCCCUGACCCCUUCAUUUGAAGAGGACUUCUGGGAAUACGUCGAUGAGACGCCGACGCUGAUGAAGAGCAUGCCCCGCUGGAUGGUGCCCAAGGCGUACGGCGCCCGCGACCGUGUCUUUGCGGCAGUGAAAACAUGGCAUCGCUUUGCCCGUGCGCAUUCCGACUACCGCCAGAAUAGCCCUGAAGACCCCGACUGGGAUGAGUACUGGGGGUCUUCCUGGCUCAAGGUGCGACAGCAAUUUGGCACGAGACACGGGGUUCGAAUGCGUCCCGAACCCCCUCGGAAAGACAGAAUAGACUAUCUAACUCGGAAAUUUGGGAGCAAUUAUAGUGCCAAUGCCAAUGCCAUUCUCAGUGCCGUCUGGCUCGCUCUGCAUAUCUACAGCGACGCGGACCUCAACCAGCUCCUGCAGCCCGAGUUCGACCGGGCCAUCAUCCACGAUGCUGCACAAGAUGGUCCGCUGCAAUUCGAUCUCACCAAAUUGGUCUCCUCCCCUCUCCUGCAGUCGGUUUACUCUGAAGUUCUCCGGAUGCGCAUCGCCCUCAUGUUGAACCGGACUCCCACGCAGUCCGAUGUCCGGCUGGGACCGUGGCAGCUAGACAAAGGCCGGUUUAUCGUACUCUCAACCCAGGUGGCAGCUCACGACGAGGCGGUCUGGAGCCCAGACCGGACGCAAAAUGGCAAAUGCCCUUUGAGCCAGUUCUGGGCUGAGCGGUUCCUCGUGCCGAACGAAGACAGCCAGGGGGGCGUGACCUUCUCGCAGGAUGGACUGUCCGGAGGGUUCAUCCCCUUCGGAUGUGGCCCUUUUAUGUGCCAUGGACGGCACAUUUGCCAAACAGGAGAUUAUGGGAAGUGUGGCUGUGUUAAAGGCAUACUAUGA